AUGCUCUUGCGGUCAUGGUUCUUUUCGUGGAGCACCAUUGCUAGCAUUCUGGGAGUAUCACGAUGGACUAUCCACAGAAGGGUCAAUGAGUUAGAGAUUCCCCAUUCCUUUGUGACAUAUUCACACAUUCCAGAUAUUGACUUGCAGCAAAUAGUACAAGAAGAACUUGUUUCAAUGCCUCGUUGUGGGGAACGAUACAUGCAAGGGGCUCUCAGAAGGCGUGGUAUAUGGGUCCAGCGCUGGAGGGUGCGUGAUGCCCUGAUCAAUUUGGAUCCAAUAGGUAGAGCCUGCCGCUGGGCUCAGCAAAUUCCUCGAAGGCCAUACCGACUUCCACAUCCCAAUUUCCUAUGGCACAUUGACAGUAAUUUAAAGUUACGGCACUGGCGUUUUGUAAUUCACGGAGGUAUUGAUGGUUAUUCCAGGCUGAUUGUUUACCUCAGAUGCAGUAACAACAAUAGAGCUGCUACAGUGCUUUCGUUGUUCCGCGAAUCAAUAAAUAUAUGGGGUUUGCCUUCCCGGGUAAGAGCAGAUGAUGGUGGAGAAAAUGUUGCUGUAGGAGAUGUUAUGGUUCAUUAUAGGGGGGAAAGUCGUGGUAGUUUUAUCACAGGACCAAGUGUUCACAACACAAGGACUGAGAGGUUAUGGCGUGAAGUGGUUCACUGUAUAUUGUUCUCCUUCAAAAAUGUCUUUCUGCAUUUGGAACAAAUGGGUUUGCUAAUUCGCAGCAAUGAUAUUGAUCUUUAUGCACUCCAUUAUGUCUACAUGCCAAGGAUCAAUACUGCUUUAACACAAUUUGUGGACACUUUUAAUAACCAUGGACUUUCUAGUGAACAUGGCCUUACUCCUCAUCAGCUAUGGAUUUCUGGAAUUCUGCAGCAUCAUUCGUCCAAUUAUUCUGGUGUUCGAGGGAUCAUAGACAAUUCAUUACCUGAAGAUCUUAAUAUGUAUGGAGAUGACCCCAAUGCACCUACACCUCAAGGGGAUGAUUUAUCUGGGGUGGAAGUGCCACAAAAUUCAUUACAUGUUCCACUUCAUGUUAUAACUGUGCUGCAUGAAACAUUUCCUCCCGGGGUGGAAGAUAGUAACCAAGGAAUGAACAUUUAUUUUCAAGUUAGACAAUUUUUAAUGUGUUAUUUUGCCUCUGGUUUCUAA